AUGUCUGUCGAACACAAUCCACUCUUGCUUGCAUCUGCAAACAAAUCAUGGCUUGAGAUACCCAAUCUCUCCGAUCUGACGUUUUGGCGUCUACUAUUCACGUGUCUUGCCCUCUAUACCGGUUAUGUAGCAUGGGAUGUCUUUUUCGGUCCGCUCUCUCAUGUACCAGGUCCCAAGUUAUGGGCUGCAUCGCACAUGCCGAAGGCUAUCAUGCUAUGGACUGGCUCCGAGGCGAUAACCAUGCCAAAAUUACACGAAACAUAUGGUUCUGUUGUAAGGGUUGCUCCUCGCGAACUCAGCUUCAAUGACGCCGUUGCCUGGAAAGCCAUUUAUGGUCACAAUACUGGCGGCAAGACCAGAACCUUUAAAAAAGACCCCAGAUUCUAUACCACGAAUCCUCAAUCAACAAGGCACAUUGGUACUGCGGAUGACCCUAACCAUACUCGACAACGCCGUAUACUGGCAAACAGCUUUUCUGACAAGGCAUUGCGAGACCAGGAACCUUUACUGAAGCAAUGGGCUGGUCUGAUGGUUACGAUGAUGCGAUAUAAUACUGACAGUUGCAGAUUUGACAUAAUGUCGGAUCUUACCUUUGGUGAACCACUAUACAUGCUGGAGAAAUCCGAAUAUGCUCCAUGGGUCAAAAAUGUAUUCGGCGGCGUCAAAGUCAUCGGCAAAUUCAUAGCAAUCAGGCAGCUCCCAUUUAUGCCGUGGCUACUUUCAAAACUCAUUCCAGCAUCUGCACGCCGCAAACAAAGAGAGCAUGAGAAGUACUCAUCUGAUCGAGUCGAUCGCCGUCUAGCUCGUGAUCCUGAAAGACCGGAUUUCUGGACAGAGGUCUUGAGACGAUCCGAUGAUGGUAUGGGAAAUGCUACAGCUGGCAUGUCGCUGGCCGAAAUGCAUGCCAAUGCUGCAGUCUUCAUGAUGGCGGGCACAGAGACAACUGCGACGCUACUCUCAGGUUUGACAUAUUACCUCUUGAUCAAUCAGGACAAGCUUGCAAGGCUGGCGGCAGAAAUAAGAGGGAGCUUCAUGUCAGAACACGACAUCACCGUGGAUGAGCUGGCGAAACUGCCAUAUCUCAAUGCCUGUAUCAAUGAAGGCCUACGCAUGUACCCUCCCGUAUCAGGCGGUCUACCACGUAAAGUGCCCGCAGAAGGCGCAACAAUCGCUGAAACAUGGGUUCCUGGAAACGUCUCAGUGGCAGUCAAUCAAAGAGCCACCUAUCAAAGCAGCACCAACUUCUGUAACCCCACCAGCUUCGUACCCGAACGCUUCCUCGGCAACCAAGAGUAUACAAACGACAAUUUCGCUGCGUUACAGCCUUUCAGUCUCGGACCCAGAAACUGCAUUGGUAAGAACUUGGCUUACCAUGAGAUGCGACUGUCUUUGACGAUGGUGCUGUUCAACUUUGAUAUCAGUCUAGAAGAGGAAAGCGGAGAUUGGUCGCAUCAGAAAGUGUUCAUUUUCUGGGACAAGAAACCUCUGAUGGUCAAGUUGAAGGCUGUGAGAUGA